UCCCGUGAUUAACUACCAGAAAAAACGAUAAACAGCGCGAUUCCAUGGUUGAGAGUGAACAUGACAAAGAUUUAUUCACCCUCGUUUUUUGUGGAAAGAAUCACAGAAAUUUCACUCAUUCAAUCAUUCAUAUAAACACAACCAAAAUCUUCAAUCAACAACACACCUAAUAACAGAAACCUUUGAUUUUUGAUUCUACCCACUUGUUCUUAUCCAUAAAUCAAGAAGAGUACAAGGUGUUUAGAGAAGAAGGGUUUGGGAUGAAGAGGCCAACGGCGGCAGGUUCUGAUGAUGAGGCUGAGGCUGAAGCUGAGAUCGUUAUUGUGUCGAAUUACCAUCUUGAAGAUGAUGAUGAGGUGCCCGUGUGUUUUUCGGUGUUGCCGGUUCAAUGGGGUGGUGGUGAUUCUGAGAGAUCAAUUGAUGCCUGCAAAGAGGAGGUGUUCUUGCAUGGUUCUACUGAUAAUGGGCUGCAGAAGGUUUUUAUGCAGGUUACUGCAUGGAGGUUUGAUCUUUCCCCGGUGAAACCUGAGGUGUCUCUGCUGUCAAAGGAUGGAAAGUGGGUCAAGCUUGAUAAGCCAAGAAAGAGCUUUCAGGAUACUGUGAGGACUAUUUUGGUCACCCUUCACUUCCUGCAUUCUUUGAAGAAAAAUCGCAGGUUAUCUGCCAAAUCUGUUUGGAAUAGCUUGAGUAAGGAUAAGGAGUUGAGCUUUUGUGAGUUGAAGCCUUCACAAAAGGACUUAUUGGACCAUGUGACUUUAAUUGGUGAAGCUGCCAAGAGGGAUGCUGUCUUAGCUAAAUCCAAGCUUUUGCUCAUGGUUAUGGAGGAGAAGCGGGAAAACGGGAAGCUUUCCGUUGAGGAAGCUAAAGAUUUGGCACGACCUGAAUUUAUAGUUGAUGAUAUUGGCAAUGAGACUAUAGACGAAGCAGAUGAAGACCCGGAAGAAGAGAAUGAUUCGUCUUAUACAGUUUGUGCGCUUUGUGACAAUGGUGGUGCACUUCUGUGUUGUGAUGGAGAAUGCAUGAGGUCAUUUCAUGCUACUAAGGCGGAUGGUAAAGAUUCUGAUUGUUUUUCCCUUGGUUUGACCAGGAAGGAAGUUGAUGAUAUCAAGACAUUUUAUUGUAAAAAUUGUAAAUAUCAUCAACACCAAUGCUUUGCAUGUGGUGAGCUGGGGUCUUCUGAUAAAGCUAAGGGUGCUAAGGUCUUUAAAUGUGCUGCAACCUGCGACUGUUUUUAUCAUCCACAUUGUGUUGCAAAAUUACUAUCCGGGGUAGUUAAACUUGCUGCGACGGAACUUGAGAGAAAUAUUGCUAAUGGGGAUCCUUUUACUUGUCCCGUUCAUUAUUGUCAUGUCUGUAAAGAAGAGGAAAAUGCUGUGGAACCUGAGUUGCAAUUUGCUGUUUGUAGGCGUUGCCCAAAGUCAUAUCAUCGCAAAUGUUUGCCAAGAAAUAUUGCUUUUGAAUGCACAGAUGAUGGACAUACUUUACAAAGGGCUUGGGAAGGUCUUCUACCAAACAAUCGCAUUCUUAUAUAUUGUUUAAAGCAUAAGAUCGAUGAUGAACUUGGGACUCCUAUAAGAAAUCAUAUAAAAUUCCCCAUUACUAAAGCCACUGUUCGAGAAAUUAAUACUCCUAAUAAAAGGAUGAAACGUGCAACCCAAGAGAGAGCUAUAUUACAGAAGAACAAUGCUGGCUUAGAUAAGUCAUCUGGUAAAAGCACUUCUAAAAUAUCUAACGUGACUGGAAAACUGUCUUCUGGAGAAGUUGGUAGCAAAAAGAGGCCUGGAAACAUGAUUUCGAGUUCAAACAUGUCAAAGAAACCGAAAUUUAAUGAGACGGCAAGCUGUUUGACUGAAAACAAGAAGUCAACCCCAAAGAAAUUUGAAAGGCCUGAGCAAACCAAGCAUGACAGCCAGUUUGAUGAUGUGGAAAAUGAGACCCUGUCUAUCAAACCUAUUAGCACAUUGCCUCCAUUGGAUGGUGAUUCAGAGAAGAGAAAUCACAAGAUUGAUAAUGAACUUGGGACUCCUGUAAAAGAUAAUAUAAAGCUCCCCAGUACUAAAGCCACUGUUCGAGAAAUUAACACUCAUAAUAAAAGGAUGAAACCCGGAACCAAAGAGAGAGUUGAAUUAAAGAACAAUGCUGGUUUAGCUAAUUCAUCUGACAAAAGCACUUCUAAAAGGUCUAAAGCUACUGGAAUACUGUCUUUUGGGAAAGCUGGUAGCGAAAAGAGGCCCGGAAAGAUGAGUUCUAGUUCAACUAUCUCAAACAAACCGAAAUUAAAUGAGACGUCAAGUUGUGCGACUGAAAACAAGAAGCCAACCCCAAAGAACUUUGAAAUGCCUGAGCAAACCAAGCCUGUCGGCCAGUUUGAUGAUGUGGCUAAUGAGACCCUGUCUAUGAAACCGAAAUCAAAUGAGACAUCAUGCUGUGUGGCUGAAAACAAGAAGCCAACCCCAAAGGAAUUUGAAAUGCCCGAGCAAAACAAGCCUGACAGCCGGUUUGAUGAUGUGGUUCCUCUGUCUAUCAAGCCUAUUAGUUCAUUGCCUCCAUUGGAUGGUGAUUCAGAGAGGAGGAGAGAACUAGGUAUGGACUCAACAGGCAAAGUGCAAGCUCCUGAACAUGAAAAGCCUGAGGCAGGACCUGACCACUGUCAACCCAGUCAAAUUGAUGGGAAAUCCUCAGUUGAAAGCUUGCAACCCAUUUCAGAUAUUGGAAGAACCCGUGAGAAAGUGCCACUUUUUGAACAUGGGGUUAGUCACUGUAGGAGCAAGGAGGAAGAGAAGAACCAGAGAGAAUCAAAGAUAAGGCAACUCGGUGGUUCUCGUGGAGUUCCGGAAAAUGGCACUCGUGAACCUAGUAUUAGUGUGCCCCAACAUGGAUGGGGUGAUGUGCGUAGGGGUUUUGCACCUGGUCCUUAUCAUGCAUAUGCGCAUAGGAAUUCAGCGGGUUGGCUCGAUGAGUAGUUACAGCAUCUUGUGAUAAGUUUUCACUUCUGCAAUAAUGUUGACACAUGCUGUACAUAGACAAUUUUUAUGAAAUAUGAUGUUCAUUUUCUGUCAGAUUUCAUUGUAAUCUUUUAUCUGUUUCUUUUCUGUAAACUCUCUUGUUUAGAAUUUGAUACUGACUUGCUUAAGAAAGACCCUCUAGCUGUCAAAUUACAGUUCUGGCAUGAUUAGUGUGUUCUGGAAUUUUAAUUUUAUUAACAAGAGUCAUUAUCUCAA